AUGAGUAUAAGUAAUGAAGAACUUUAUUUAACAAAUAUGUCAACUAUUUUUGAUGAAGAGAAUAUAGUUGAUGAGGACGAAGAAUUGGAAAUAAUUAUCACGGCUAAUAGAGGUAAGUUUAAACUUAGUCAACCUCAAAAUACAGAUAACCUAGUAGAAAAAGUAAAGGAGAGUUUAUAUAAAGCAUUAGACUAUUAUUGGGAUGCACCUCUUGAUUGUUCUUUAAUUGCAAUGUUACUUGAUCUGUGUUGUAAGUCAAUGAAAAAAUUAGAUAGUUGGGAACGUGAUAAGGCCAUUGAUCUUUUGUGA